AAGAAACCCUAGCUCGAGUGAGUUGUCCCACAUCGCAUUGAAGCAAAAUGCGCACCAUCUGCCCCCAAAGCGAAACCCUAGGAACUGUGACCCCAUUCCCCCACCUCCACUUCCCUGGCGACAAGCCCCAACCUCUCCCAGCUGCGCCGACCUCCCAGGAUGAACUCAAGCGUAUCGCCGCCCACCGUGCCGUUGACCUUGUGAAGCCCGGCAUGGUCCUCGGCCUCGGCACUGGCUCCACCGCCGUCCACGCUUUGGACCGCAUCGGCGAUCUCCUUCGCUGCGGCGUGCUUCAUGACAUCGUUGGCAUCCCCACCUCGAAGAAGACUGAGGCGCACGCUUUAUCCGUAGGUAUCCCCCUCUCCGACCUCAAUCGGCACCCUUCCGUUGACCUCUCCAUUGAUGGUGCCGACGAGGUCGACCCACAUCUCAACCUUGUCAAGGGUCGCGGUGGCUCUCUUCUCCGCGAGAAGAUGAUUGAGGGCGCAAGCAAACGCUUCGUUGUCAUCGUCGAUGACUCCAAAAUGGUGGACCGUCUUGGCUGCAGUGGAAACUCUGUGCCCGUCGAGAUUAUCCCGUUCUGCUGGGGCUACACCCUAGGGCAGCUCAAGAAGCUGUUUGCCGGAGAAUGCGGGUUCGAUGCUCGGCUGAGGAUGACUGGAGACGAGAAAAAGGAGCCAUUUUUGACCGACAAUUCCAACUACAUCGUCGACCUAUACUUUGAGAAUGGCAUAACUCGAGAUCUCAAUGAGGUUAGCGACGAGAUCCUGAGGCUUACUGGUGUUGUAGAGCAUGGGAUGUUCCUCGGUUUGGCGUCCUCGGUGAUCAUCGCCGGUGAGGAUGGGGUGACAGUGAAGAACAAGGGUUGAGAGCCGGAGAGGUAUACUUCAAUUCACUUACUAAAAGAGAAGUUAUAGUUCUCCCCUCUUUUUCCCUAGUCCUUUAUUGCGCUAGAUUUCAUAUGCCUAACAGAAACAGAGAAUGUGACUGAAUUUAAGCCUUAAACUGAAGAGAGGUGGACAAUUUGUAUUGUUCCUCAUUGCUGUAUUGUACCAGGAUGAUAAUUAAAGUGGGUCUCAUGAGUUUUUCCAUGAAAAUUCUGCUUAUAAAUCUGAUAUGCUGAUUGUAUAUUUGAAUGCAUAUGAUGUCUUCCUUUCUUGUC